AUGGUAAUUGAAGAAAGGGAGUUGGGGCCGAGUAACAAUUGCAAGCCGCCGGACAUGGUGGGGCCGAACCAACAAUACCCCGGAUCAGGGGAGGGUCCUAGCACGGGUACCAACUAUGCUAACCAGCCCAUUGAUGGAGACACAACCAAGCUGAUCUUGGCUAAUCACAUAAACUUGGCUAAUCACAUAAACUUGUCCGCGGUCUAUGCAAAAUGCACGAGGGGCGAGAGGCUUCAGCUUUGGGAUAAAAUGAGGGUGAUCUCGGUAAUCACGGAGGACACUCCUUGGUUGAUCGGUGGCAAUUUCAACACCACCCUCUUGCCCCAUGAUAGAGCCGGAAGCGAGACUAAUCGCCAAGCCAAGAUGGUGGACUUCGCGGAGACCAUUGAAGACUGUAGGGUGCUUGACCCGGGCUUUGACGGCUCGGAUUUCACGUGGGCUAAGAAUGGCCUUUUCGAAAGACUAGACAGGGUGUUAGUGCAUGAACCAUGGGCACAAAACUUCAAAGUUACGAGGGUGACCAACCUUCCUCGGGUUUCUUCGGAUCAUGGGCCCGUGCUGGUAAGGUGCCGAAUCCCAAGUAACCAUUCGGGGGGCCGACCAUUCCGGUUCCAAAAUAUGUGGGUUAGACACGAAGGGUUCGCCGACCUGGUUCGAGAGGAUUGGAUUCAACCGACCGGAGCCGAGGGAUUACUUAAUUUUCAGAUGAAGUUGGCAAGAAUCAAGAGGGCCUUCAAGGAGUGGAAAAAGGAAGUCUUUGGGAAUAUUCACGAAAACCUUAGAGAUAUGGAGGAGAAAAUAGCGGCUGCCCAAGACGACUUUGAGGAGAGACCAUCGCCGGAUAAUAGGGCCGAAGUUAACAAAUGCAUUGCCAUGUACAUUCGACUUCUUAAGAUGGAGGAAGAUUUCUGGAGGCAAAAGGCUACUUUAAGAUGGCUGGCGGAGGGUGACAAGAACACGGAAUUCUACCAAAGUUGGGUCAAACAAAAGAGAAUCCGGAUGCGCAUACACACGAUCAACGUUGAGGGUAGGGAAGUAUCGGAUGACGCGGAGAUUAGGAGCUCGGCGGUCAAGUUUUUUCAAAAUCUCCUAGCCCCGGGCCCCUCCCGCUCAUGGAGCCGGACCUGA